ACUGCGUUUUUAAGAAGCUACGGAUCUACGAUAAUUCAAAGUCUGAUUGGAACAAUUACGUGAUAUAUUCAACAGUAUUUAUAAAUCCAAUAUUAAAAUAGUAAGGAAGGCUUAUAUUCUAGACAAUCUAGAACAAUUCCAGAUAAAAUUACAUUAAAAGUAAAAAGAAAAGUUAAUUGUAAUCGCGAAAAAAAAAUUGUGUGAAUAUGGCAAAUUUAAUGGGAAGCAAUGAAAGCAUUGGGUCUAUUCAAUUCGGUGAUCUAGACCUAGAUUUUGAUUUAGAACUAGAUCUAGAUCUAAAUAAAGAAGUAGACAAUAAAAGUGUUAAUGUUGAAGUUGACACAUUUGGUGAUGCGCUGAAUGACAGCGCAAAUAAAACAACCGGCGUUGAUUCAACCAAAGAUUAUAUUGUCAAUAUGAUACGCGGGCUAAACCCGGAAGAUGACGAAGUUAAUAUGAAUGAAAAAAUAAAAUAUAUUAAAAAACAAUUUUGUAGUUUGGUUCAAAACAAGGAGCAAUUGUUUGAAAUGAUGGCCUAUAUUAAUACCAAAGCUCUAAUAGACAAAAUAGUCGCACUAAAAUUUGGAUUUCUAUUUUCUUCUGAACUUUUUGAUAGUCUGAUUGUUGACGGAACCAAUAUUCGUAAUGUCAUGCUUCAAAUUUUGGAAAAAAAUUAUAUCAAUUCCGACAUAUAUAGAAUUUAUGAUAGAAAUCGCCUUUAUAAUUCCAUUACAUUAUUGGGACAAUACUAUCAUCACGUACGCCUGGUAUAUAAUACUCCAAUAGCGAUACUGGGCAUUUCUCUGUUACGGCUUAUGACACGAGAAGUAAAUGGACUAGAUUAUAUCAAUUUCGAAUUAGCAAAAGUAAUACGAGCACAAUAA